AUGUCUUUCUUAGCUGCAUCUGAAGACACAAUGGUAUUUGAACUGUGGCCUAAGGCAAUGAAGAAUGAAAUUCGGAGAUUGCAAGGAGAUAACGACUACGCAUCAUGGGAAUUAUUCCCGGCCUCAUUGCAAGAUAUGGCGAAAUGGGCAGACGUGUAUCAAGACCACGAACAAAGAGAUAAAUCGAGAGAUCGCAUUCUGAUCUACAAAGAAGUCCCAGACGCGGAACCAGGCACAAUAUAUCCUGUGGCCAUUCGCCUCCACGGCAUUUUGGGCAAAUUUCGUGUGGAAAGGUUCAGAAACUGGUCUGGGCGGGAAGCAGACGUAGCUCGUGCAGUCCAAUAUAGGGAUCAACCCCGAAAAUCAAAAGAGCCCGCUCUUACGGCAACACAAGAUCCAGAAGGCAGAUACAUCUGUGUCCAAGACCGCUGGAAUGUUGUACGUCCCUUGACUGUUGCCAACUUGACGGACGCAGGCAAGGUUGUUCCUAUGGACGCUGUGCUCUUGACAGAGGGCGAUUUCGUGGAUGUUGGUGCCGAGCUGGAUUUUGUGUUGAGUCGGGAUCGACAGAAGGGGACGAGUCUGAAAUGUUUUCUAACCUGCACGCAUGUCGUGCGAUUGAUUCCUGCGCACUAUGUUUCAGAUUUGAUGCAUAAUGAGAAGAGAGCUGAUCGCAAGCAUACCACUACGCCGCCACCUCAGGAAAGAGCAGUGAAGAAAGCCCAUACGACAUUAUACUUCGAUGACGAAUGA